GUGGGGAUUAGUGAAUUGUUCACCGCUGCUUAUAGAACAUGAAAUGUAUCUAUAUACAACAAUAAAAAUACUAUAGAAAUUAAAAGACAUCAAUGUAUUGAUGCAUAGUCUAGAUUUAGUUUGUAUUUUGUUUGAAUUUCUUAAAUGCUCAAGUUAGCCAGGGAACUAAACCUAAAAAAUAUUACAUACGAGAAGUGUUUUAUUUGAAGUCAAUGAUUUUAAACUCGUUUCUGCAUUUAGCUUUGCAGUGCUGAGUAGAUCACUUCUCAAUCUGAAAACAUGGGACUCAAGGAUUUCCGUAUCAUCUUUGAUAAUCCUUGGAGCACUUAUUAUCCAGGACAAACUGUUACUGGACGUGUAAUCCUCGCAUUGGAUUCUCCUAAAAAAUUACGUGGAGUUAAUAUAAAGAUUAAAGGAGAAGCAAAUACGUGUUGGGCAACUGAUAGACAACAAUUAAAUCAAGAAGGACGAUAUGAAAAUGAGUCUCAAACAGUUACUGGACAUGAAGAAUAUUUCAAUAUCCAAUAUUACCUUUUGGGAUCGCCUUCAGGAGAAGAAAUGGAAUUACCUGCAGGUGAACAUUCUUACCCAUUUAGCUGUACACUUCCGCCCAAUUUACCAAGUAGCUUUGAACAUGAUUAUGGACACGUUCGGUACACUGUUAAAGCAAUCAUCGAUCGUCCUUGGAAGUUCGAUCAUGAAGUCAAAAUAGCUUUCACCGUUGUCUCGAACUUUGACCUCAAUAAAGAAGCUAGAGCUACAGAACCCGUUCAUUUAGAAAUGAGCAAGACAUUUUGCUGUUUAUGUUGUGGAUCUCCGCCCUUAAAAGUCAAUGUGAUUCUUCCCGUAAAAGGAUAUGUUCCAGGUCAAAUGAUGUCUAUUCGUGUAAAUGUUGAUAAUCAAUCAGGAAUUGUUGUAGACACUAUUAAAUGUAUUCUUCGUAAAGUCAUAACAUUUAAAGCACGAAGUCCACGAGCUGAAACUCGAAUUGAGAAACAAAUCGUCGCUGAAGUAAGUAAAGGACCUGUCGAGGCUAAUGGAAGUGCUGAUUAUGAACAGAAGCUUGAGAUUCCUCCUCUUCCACCGUCCAAUCUCACAAAUUGUGGAAUUAUUGACCUGGAAUAUAAUUUUAAAGUUGAAGCUUGCGUAGCUGGAUGGUAUCAUAGAAAUUUGAGAGGUAACACUUUGGUAUUCAUUGGCACGGUUCCAUUAGCAUCCUAUCAAACUUCUAUACUGCCACCGACAACUAAAGUGGAGAAUGCAGGUGGUGAUUUCGCCAACUCUGCUGAUCCAACUUAUGGUGGGUAUCCGAGUGGAUAUCCCCCCUUUACCCCUGGAACUGGAUAUCCUUCUGCACCCCCUACAGCACCUUUAGCUCCACCAGACUAUAACUCUGAUUCUCCAGCUCAAAUACAAACUAAUUCUAAUAUGUACCCUAACUUACCUCCACCCUCGUAUGAAGAGUAUGGAUGGUCUGUAAGAAGCCUAAGAGAUCCUGGAGAGUCUGAUCAUGUCAUGGGUAUUCGAGGACACUUUGCUCCAAAGUAUCCUGUCUACAAUUUUACACAAAACCAAUGAAAACAUUAUAUAUCUUUAUACUCUAGCCUUUUGCAAAUGCAAUUUUACAGUCAAAUUACAGGACGCUUUAAAUAGCAAAGGAGCAACGAAAAGAUUACCAAUAUAUGUGGCUUUAUUGAAUUUUUUGACUAUAUUUUCAGAAAUGUUUUUUUAUUCAGUCUCAGGUUUUUUGAGACUUGCUUGUUUAGCUAUUUCUAUAAUAAUGAAUAUAAUUUAUAUAAAAAAAUUA